GACGGAGUUGAUGUAGAGAUUUUUCCAAGUCAAGUCUACGUCGUUGAAAGGUUAAUACCUUUUGCGCAAAUUUACAAAGAGUGAAAUAUGAGUAGUUCAGAUCCCAAAGAUUUUCUUGAAGAGCUCAAAGAACAGGCGAAGAAGAGUGUUUCUGGAGGCGAGGAAGAACGUCAGACUUAUGUUGAUCCAUCAGAUGGAACAGUUUACGAAUGGGACGCUGAGAAACGAGGAUGGUUUCCAAAGGUGGAUGAGGACUUCCUUGCCGCAUAUCAAAUGAACUAUGGUUUUACGCCAGAUGGUGAACAAGCUGAUAACACAACCACUGACCUUCCGGUAACUGCUGCAGAUGAAAUACAAACCUCAAAUAACCAGGUACCAAAAGAAGAAAAAGGAGAAGAACAUGGUCCAGAGUUAUUAAAGAAGAAGAAGAGGAAAGCAGAUGAAGGAUGGUUUGAAGUUGAAGGCAACAAAAAUCCAAAUGUUUAUGUUUCUGGACUGCCACUUGAUACCAGUGAGGAGGAAUUUAUUGAGAUGAUGAGCAAAUAUGGCAUUAUAAUGCAGGAUCCUGACACAAAUAAGCCCAAAAUAAAGCUUUACAGGGACCAAAACGGUCAACUGAAGGGUGAUGGCAGAUGUUGCUAUCUGAAGCGUGAAAGUGUUGAUCUUGCGAUAAAACUUUUGGAUGAGUCAGACUAUAAAGGAAAUACCAUACAUGUUGAACAGGCAGAGUUCCAUCUGAAAGGAGAAUACAAUCCAGCUCUAAAGAAAAAGAAAAAGAACAAAAAGAAGAAAGCAGGAAAGGGACAGGAAAAAUUAUUAGACUGGGUGGAGAGAGACACAAGGAAAAAACAUGAGAGGGUCAUUGUCUUUAAAAACAUGUUUGAUAUUGAAGACUUUGAGAAAAAUCCUGUUUUGAUCACACAUUUGCGCAAUGAUAUGAAAGCGGAAUGUGAAAAGUUUGGUGAAGUGAGAAAAGUGAUCGUGUUUGAUCGUAACAAAGAGGGAAUUUGUUCUGUGGCGUUUUCAGCAUUCGAAGCAGCUGAUGCCUGUUUACCGGUGAUGAAUGGUCGGUGGUUUGCAGGUCGCAGAAUAACAGCUGAAAGAUGGGACGGUGUAACAAGCUACAAAGUCGAAGAAACGGAUCAACAACGGGAACAGCGGCUUGGUGAAUGGGAGAGAUAUCUGUCGGGAGAACUGGACGAACCAACGGCGUCUAAAACCUAGCUACAAUCCUGUUCCGCUGGACAAUUUGAAUCAACUCGCCACAUUUAUAAAUGUCAAUAAAUCAUGCAAAAGGAAACAGUCAGCAAUAUCUAUUGCAAGUUGGAAACUGCGGACAGUUGAAGAACAGCUCAAGUUAAGGCCAUCUGUUCAUCAUCUGUGCACGUGCUGUACACGUGGACUGAGCGACCUGGCAUGUGCACCGUCGUGUGUCAAGAUAUACUGGACGUCGAGAUGGCUUGGAACCAAGUGAACACAAAAAGUUCGGUAUUCUUAUAAGAGGUUCAAACCAAGAGGACAGCCAGGACAGCCAUUUGAAAAUUUAUUCAACCAAGGAUAUUCUAUUUAUUAAUAUGAAGUGAAGAAAAACGCUAGCAACGUCAAAGAAACUUGCUAGAUGGCUCGCAGUCAAAAAUUAAUCAACAACGGAUGUCGAAAAUCUCGCCCUGUUUCGCGGAAUACUUGACAGCUCCCAGCGUCUGUAAAAUUCCUGAACCAACAAUGGCUUUGUUCCGUGUUAGCUUCUCUUUUUUUAAAACCAAUGUCUUGAAUACAAAGAUUGCGGUAAAUUGUGGCUUUUUAAGAAACAGAGAACAUUUCUUGUAUAGUGAAACAGUUCUAGGAACACGAGUUAAAGUUUGUAGGAACGAGAAAUGCUGUAGAAACACGAGCCGUAAACGAGUGUUUCCACAGCGUUUUCGGGUUGUCAAAAACUUUCACGAGUAUUCUUUACUCUUUAGAAACUCGGAAAGAAAUGUUUCGAUUACUCUUAGAACUGAAAAUAAAGGUCGUACUUUUUCGAG